AUGGGCAAUUCGGCAUCAUCCUCACGCAACGCACAUGACGAGACGGUCGACUAUGGACAUUUGGUUCCUCAAGGGAUCUACACCGGCCCGCGAGACUGGAACGAGCAGAUCGUGGCGCAGGCGAUCGUGGACCGGAAACUCGCUCCAUUCUACAGGCCGCUGGAGGAUUACGAGGACGACUGGGACGACGAGAAGAUACUGGCUAACAGAAAGGAGCCGCCGCCCAGUCCGCCUGCUGAAGACGGCCACGGCGGAAAUGGGACGCCUUCGCGCUCUGACGCUUCGAGCAUCGCUUCGUCCAGGUUGACACAUCAUCACAAGAAGAGCCAGACUUCGAAUAAAGAGCCGACGAGGAAUCCCGAGGCUCUCAUCUACCGCGGCGCCGUCGAAUGUCCCAUCUGCUUCCUCUACUACCCGCCGAAUAUCAACCGCUCUCGAUGCUGCGAUCAGCCAGUCUGUACCGAAUGCUUCGUCCAGAUUAAGCGCUCAGAGCCGACCACACAACACCUCCAAUCGGACCCCGCCUGCUGCCCGUACUGCGUCCAGGAGAACUUCGGCGUGGUAUACACGCCGCCACCAUGGCGAGCCGGAUUAGGAAGUGAAGGAUCUUCUCUACCCCCGUGGCCUGACCCGGCUAAAGCAAGCACUCCGCCUACGCCCACGGGUCCACCCGGCAAACAGAAGCGCCGCAAGAGCUUCGGUGCGAAUGAUCCCGACGUUGUUACUACCGAUCACAUACGACCAGACUGGGAAGCCAAACUGCAAGCUGUGAAAGCCCAAGCUCAGCGCCGUGCCAACAGACGAAUCAUCAUGCGCCAAGUCGGCGACAGGCUUAUACCCGUGGGCGUCACGAGUGGUCGCGUGCACGCUCUACCUGCCGAGCUUGGUGGCGAGGGCGCUGAAGGAUCGGCGGGUGGUGCUGGUGGUGCUGGUGGGGGAAGCACGGGACGGAGGUCGAGGAGGAGACAGCAGAACGAGUUGCAGAACUUGCUUGGCGGGAUGGCGGGACAGGAUCUUGAGGAGUUGAUGGUCAUGGAGGCUAUGCGGCUGUCGUUGCUCGAACAUGAGGAGCAACAGCGAAAGGAGCGCGAGGCGAAGGAGAAGGAGGAAGCUGCUAAACGGGCGAACGGUGGCGAGAGCACCAGCAUUGAUGCAGCGGGUGCAGGCAGUAGCGCGCCAGCGCCAAGUAGCGACGCGACACCGGCAGGGAGCGCUGCUGCACCAGCCGCACUUGCGAGCAUCGCUGCAUCAUCCCCUGUAUCCUCUCCGUCGCCGUCACCUGCUGCCGCUGCAACACCGACCGGACGAGGUUCUCCAGUUGCACCUACGCAUACGCACUCGCGCUCCGCCUCUGCAUCCGCUUCAACCUCACCAGCUCCGGGUACACCAACACCCGCUCGCCUCGAACUGCCCAGCACGGGCACACCAACAGCAACAACCACCGCUCUCCCUCGCGCCGACUCUCCCGCAGCCGACCCAACUCCCUCAUCAAGACUAGCAAUCCCGCCGAUCGCUGGGUUCGCAAGUGCCGAAGCGAGCGCUGAGGACCUACGGCCCAUUCCUGCGCGCUCGGAUACGAUGCUGAGCACUAUGACCGACGUCAGUAUGGACGAGGGCGCUUCGACUGAGAAUGCUGGGUAUGGGUACUUGCCAGGUGGGAGUGAGGAGAGUGUUGUGGCUAGGGAGCCGUUGUUGGCCGACGACGCAUGA